AGUAUGGCACUCUGGAAUACAUGGACACUCUUGAUGUGUGUAGUCCUCACUGGACAAGGGUCGGAGGCUCAGGAUUGUGGAAUGGCACCUCUGAACACCAAGAUAGUGGGUGGUGAGAAUGCCACAGUUGGAUCAUGGCCCUGGCAGGUCAGCAUGCACAUCAGUCAUCAUAUCUGUGGAGGGACCCUAAUCAGUGACCAGUGGGUACUAACGGCAGCCCACUGCAUCAUAAUAAACGUACCUCUUGCGUGGACUCUUUACUUUGGGAGACUGAAUCAGACUGGCCCUAAUGUUCACGAGGUGAGCCGCACUGUGUCCCAGAUCAUCGUCCAUCCUGACUACAGCAACACCUCGUUUAACAAUGACAUUGCUCUAAUGAAGCUGAGCAGCGCUGUCACUUUCACAGACAACAUCAGACCUGUCUGCCUAGCAGGUAACUCCAGCCAGUUCCACAACUCCACUACUUGCUGGGCCACAGGCUGGGGUAGACGUGGAAAGGAUGAGCCAUUGGGAGCUUUUGAGACACUGCAGGAGGUUCAGAUUCCUGUGAUUGGAAACAAGCAGUGCAGUUGCAGCUACAUCCCAGUACCAUCUGCAAACAUCACAAACAACAUGAUUUGUGCUGGUCAAGAGAACAAAGGAGCAUGUCAGGGGGACUCAGGUGGACCUUUGCAAUGUAGACAAGGCUCAAAAUGGAUCCAGGCGGGCAUUACCAGUUUUGGAAUACCUUGUGCCCUGGCUGCUUUUCCUGAGGUCUACGCUCGAGUAUCUGAGUACCAGACAUGGAUCACAGAUAAAGUGGCGGGGGCGAGGGUUAACUUUGUAACAUUCACCUCCAGUGGCACUGACCAAGACAGCAGCUUUGUGUGUCUCAGAAAUGAAACCACAGCAACGCCAAGUCCAUCCACCAAUGCAUCAGCCUCUUCAACUGCACUUUCAUUUUUUGUCAUUUUACUGUCUUUCUUGUUUUCGCAACACAUUUUUGCUUUGUAGCACAAUUUCACAUCAACAACUUGCACAAGCUGCACUAUUAUCU